UCGGGCCGGGCGGCUGCUGCGGGCGCGGCAGGGGGCGGCCGCGUCCCUGGGGCAGUGGCGUCGCCCGGGUCCCCCGCAGCCGCCCGCGCAGGUUUGGACAUCAUGAAAACCCUUUCCCAGCGACUGGCUGCAUUUGCUAAUGGGGUAUAAGACAGCGCCCUGCGCCCAACUUCAGUGACUCUUACUGGUGGGCCCAUCGGCAGGCCUCACUGUUCAUCGAUGGCGCCCUUGGCAGGAACUGAGGGACAGUGGCAGCCACACCUUCUCCUGCUCCAGCCACUCCUUCCACCGUCUGCUAACCUGCGUGCCGUGGGUGCCCCGGCGGCGACCCCCAGAGGACUGAUCAUCUGAGCCAGCUUUCACUCCGCCUACUGAGUCCCUCAAGAUGUGGCUGGAGUGGCUGGUGGCCUGGAGCUGGUCUCUGGAUGGCCUGAGGGACUGUAUUGCCACCGGCAUCCAGUCCGUGCGGGACUGUGACGGCACAGCUGUCGUCACCGUGGCCUGCCUGCUGGUCAUGUUUGUGUGGUACUGUUACCAUGUGGGCCGAGAGCAGCCUCGACCCCAUGUGUCCGUCAACUCCCUCCUGCAGGGAGUGGACGCCAACGGGCUACAGAACGGGUCCAUGUACUGCCAGUCGCCCGAGUGCAUCCGCUGCACGCACCACGAGGGCCUCAACCAGAAGCUUUACCACAACCUGCAGGAGUACGCCAAACGGUACUCGUGGUCCGGCAUGGGCCGCAUCCACAAGGGCAUCCGGGAGCAGGGCCGUUACCUCAGCAGCCAGCCCUCCAUCCAGAAGCCCGAGGUCUUCUUCCUGCCUGAUCUCCCCACUACGCCCUACUUCUCCCGGGACGCCCAGAAGCACGACGUGGAGCUGUUGGAGCGGAACUUCCAGGCCAUCCUCUGCGAGUUCGAGACACUCUACAAGGCCUUCUCUAACUGCAGCCUCCCGCAGGGGUGGAAAGUGAACAGCACCCCCAGUGGGGAGUGGUUCACCUUUGACUUUGUCAACCAGGGCGUGUGUGUCCCCAGGAACUGCAGGAAGUGCCCACGGACGUACCGCUUGCUCGGCAGCCUCCGGACCUGUAUUGGAAACAAUGUUUUCGGGAACGCCUGCAUCUCGGUGCUGAGUCCUGGGACUGUGAUCACGGAGCACUAUGGACCCACCAACAUCCGCAUCCGGUGCCACCUAGGUCUGAAGACUCCCAAUGGCUGUGAGCUGGUGGUGGGGGGCGAGCCCCAGUGCUGGGCGGAAGGCCGCUGCCUGCUCUUCGACGACUCCUUCCUGCACACUGCAUUCCAUGAAGGUUCCGCUGAGGACGGCCCACGGGUGGUCUUCAUGGUGGAUCUCUGGCACCCCAACGUGGCAGCUGCCGAGCGGCAGGCCCUGGAUUUCAUCUUUGCUCCAGGACGAUGAGUGAGGACGUUGCCUGGGCUGGAGCCGGGCUGAGUGGGACCCAGGUGGACUGUGAGGACAGUUCAGUCCCUGCCCUGAUCCACACUGGACCUUUGAGUGGCUUCCUGCUACGGUGGGAGCCCUCUUUCCUUUGGUUACUGGGAACUUCCUAGGUUUCUUUCCCCUUCCAGUUAUUUGCUGGGACUUCUGGCCUACUAGUGUGUCCCUUUGGCUGUGACCAGAGACUCCGUGUCCCUCAAGUCUGUGACUUUGCUACCUGGUGUCUUCUUCUCCGUGUUCUGGAAUAGAGUAACCAAAUGGCCA